AUGGGUGAAAACCAAGUCUACGAAGAAUACUAUAAAGCAAUUGUGAACCAUGAAGCAGUUAUUGAAACACUAAAGAACGAAAGGGUCAUUCUUAAGCAGACAACAAAGCAGUUUGAGAAGAGCGAGAAUGACAUGAAAGCACUUCAGACAGUAGGACAGAACAUAGGAGAGAUUUUAAAAAAGAUAGAUGAUGAAAAAUUCAUAGUUAAGACCUCGCAUGGCCCAAGAUAUGUUGUAGGAUGUGCCAAGCAUAUAGAUCGGUCGUUGCUCAAACUUGGGACAAGAGUUUCUCUCGAUGUAACAACACUUACAAUAACACUUAUUCUUCCAAGAGAGGUGGAUCCAAUGAUUCAGAGCAUGGCUGAAGAAAGGCCUAAGGAUGUGGAUUUCAACUCUAUUGGAGGUCUAAAUGAACAAAUCAGAGAAAUACGGGAAGUUAUUGAACUUCCUAUUAAAAAUCCUGAGAUUUUCAAACGAGUUGGAAUUAAGCCCCCCAAAGGCGUAUUACUUUAUGGACCACCAGGAACCGGAAAGACACUCAUUGCACGGGCAGUAGCUUCUACUAUGGAUGUUACCUUUUUGCGAGUGGUGUGUUCUGCACUCAUUGAGAAGUAUAUUGGAGAAUCUUCAAGAAUGAUAAGAGAAAUGUUUGCUUAUGCUAAGAGUAAGGCGCCCUGUAUAAUAUUUAUGGAUGAGGUGGAUGCGAUUGGAGGAAAGAGAUCGGACGAGUCUAAUUCCAGUGAUAGAGAAGUCCAAAGAACACUGAUGGAGUUAUUAAAUCAGAUGGACGGUUUUGCAGAUCUUGACGAUGUAAAAAUAAUAAUGGCAACUAAUAGACCUGAUAUUCUCGAUCCAGCACUUUUAAGGCCAGGCCGACUUGAUCGAAAAAUUGAAAUACCCCUACCCAAUGAGAAAGGUAGAAAGGAAAUUCUGAGCAUUCAUUCUCAAAGCAUGCAAAAGGGAGAUGAGAUUGAUUUUGACAAUCUGGUGAAAUUGACUGUUGGGUUCAACGGUGCAGAUCUAAGAAACGUAUGCACUGAGGCAGGCAUGAUAGCACUGAGAGAAGAGAGAGACUAUGUGAUGCAUGAGGAUUUUGUAAAGAGUGCACGAAAGCUGAGUGAGGCUAAAAAACUGGAAAGCAGGCUUGACUAUAAGAAAAAUUAG